GGCGGCGGCAUAAUCGGCUGCACCACAGCCUAUUUCCUCACCCGACACUCGUCCUACAAUCCUUCAACCCACAAAAUCACCCUCCUUGAAGCCUCAGCUAUCGCAGGCGGCGCCUCCGGAAAAGCGGGCGGCUUGCUGGCGACGUGGGCGUAUCCGAAAUGUCUGGUUGGAUUAAGCUUCCGACUGCAUAGGGAGUUGGCGGAGGAACAUGGUGGCAAGGAGAGGUGGGGGUAUCGAGAGGUUGGGGUGGGGAGUGUGGAGUGUGUUGGGCUACACCGUCCUGCCACAGAAAAAUUGAAGGCACUUGGAGGGAGUGCGGAGGAGGGGAAGGGAGAGGACGUGAGUCUGCAAAAGACGAACGCGCUGCCCAUCGCUGCGAGUACGAAACCGAAGACGAAGAGGAAGGGUGUACCGGACGGUGUACUGGAGUGGAUUGAUGCAGACGCUCUAAAGGCGUAUGAGGAAAUGGCACCUCCUGGAUCUACCGCCCAAGUCCAUCCCUACCAAUUCACGACAACGAUGGCGAAGCUCGCGGAGGAGGCAGGCGUGGAGAUUCUCACGCACUCACCCGUGUCGAAAAUCGAGUAUACGUCCAACGGCAAAGGCGUGUCAGGCGUGACUUACACGCCUUCUUCUACCUCAUCCUCCGCCUCCGCCUCCAAGCCGGAUUCUGUGACCCUCCAAGCGAACAAAGUCAUCCUCUCCCCCGGCCCCUGGACCCGCUCCCUCCUUCCCACCGCUCCCAUCACCUCCAUCCGCGCCCACAGCCUCACUCUCCGCCCUUCCGUACCCAUCUCGCCACACGCACUCUUCACUUCGAUCCGCCUCCCCAAAUCCUUCCCAACCCAUCCCAACCAGACGGUCACACCAGAAAUCUACCCCCGCCCAAACGACAAUGAAGUCUACGCUUGUGGCGAAGGCGACGAACUCGUCCCUCUCCCCUCUCUCUCCUCUUCCGUCGAGGUCGAUCCACAGCGAGUGGAAGAUGUGAGAGCAUUUGUCGGCUCGAUUUCUCCUGCGCUGGCGGAGGCGGAAGUCACGGCUAGACAGGCGUGUUAUCUUCCGAGCGUGGAGGGUGGGGCGGGGGCUCCUCUGGUGGGCAAGACGGGAGUUGAGGGUUUGUGGUUGGCGGCGGGGCAUAGUUGUUGGGGGAUACAGAAUGCUCCAGCGACGGGGAAGGUGAUGGCGGAGAUGGUGCUUGGGGAGGGAGGGAAGAAGGAAGAGGGAAAGUGGAGGGAGUUGGAUCCGAGGGGGUGGUUGUAG